GUGGAUUGACAUCAGACAACGUGGCGCUAGUAGCAGAUAGAUACAACAUCGUGCUGAUCUUUGGUGGAGCUGACGGACACGCCGCCACGGGCUUGGCGGAACGAGCAAUCCAGACGGUAAAGCUCACAGCCCUAAAGACCAAGCGAGACGUUACCAAACAAGGAUUGACAGAGAUCACGGACGAGGACAUCGUGGAGGAAUCUGCGAUGGUGGCGAACCUGUUCAUGAACUACGGAGGAUCUGUGCCCGCUCAAGGACUCUUCGGAUAUAUGCCUCGAGAUGCGUACGAUCCAGAAGCGGAGACCCUCGCGGCUAGUAGAAGCGCAAUGGGCCUGACGCCGGACCCGACAGAACAACAUCUUCAACUUCGUUUGCUGGCAAACUCAAACAUACUGCAGGCGAUCGUCGAGGAGCGAAUCGCGAAGGCGAACAACACCCGGCAGCAGGCCCAGGAUAAUAAUUUGAUUGAAACGCUCAAGCCACAUGAUCAAGUAGACAUCUGGAGAACACCCACGAGAAAAUAUCAGGAUGGUUGGAUAGGCCCAGCAGAGUUCAUCGGCCUGGACAAGGAUAAG